UCGCUUUCUCUCUCUCUCUCUCUCUCUCUCUCUUCAAGCUCCGCACUUCAAAAGAAGUUCCGAGUCCCCCUGAUGCAUGGCUUCCUCCUCCUCUUCUCCCUGCGGCUUAGGCCUCUCUCUCCGGCGCCUCUCCUCCGACCUGCCGCGCCUCCGCCUCCCUCUUGACCCCAAGCCAUCGCCUUCCUCCUCCCUCCCCGGCACCCGCAAGAUCUCCUGCACCGGCACGCGGCGGCGGAUGCAUUUCGCUGUGAACUCGCACAUGGCGACGGAGCCCAAGCCCGCUUUUUCGGAGGACCAGAUGCUUGUAUUUGUUCCGCCGCAUCCCUUAAUCAAGCACUGGGUUUCGGUUCUUAGGAAUGAACAGACUCCCUGUCCCAUUUUCAAAAAUGCAAUGGCUGAGCUGGGGAGGCUACUCAUGUAUGAAGCUUCAAGAGAUUGGUUGCCUACGAUCGCUGGGGAGAUUCAAUCGCCAAUGGGUGUUGCCUCUGUUGAAUUCAUUGAUCCGAGGGAACCUGUGGUGGUUAUUCCAAUCUUAAGAGCUGGUCUUGCUCUUGUUGAAUAUGCAUCAUCAAUCUUGCCAGCAACAAAAACAUAUCAUCUAGGUAUCAGCAGAAAUGAGGAAACACUUCAGCCAACUGUGUAUUUGAACAAGUUGCCUGAUAGAUUAGCCGAUGGUUCUCGAGUAUUUGUGGUAGAUCCGAUGCUGGCAACAGGGGGCACAAUAGUGGCAGCACUUAAUCUCUUGAAGGAACGUGGGGUCAACAGCAAGCAAAUCAAAGUGAUAUCAGCAGUUGCUGCUCCUCCAGCUCUACAAAAGCUCAGUGAAAACUUCCCCGGGCUUCAUGUUUACACCGGAAUCAUUGAUCCAACUGUGAAUGACAAGGGGUUCAUAAUUCCUGGACUUGGAGAUGCAGGUGAUCGCAGCUUUGGUACUUAGAUUCACAUCUACUCAUGGUUUAGCUGAAUAUUGAGUUAUUCAUAUGAAAUUUUGGCAUGGUGUGCAAUUAGAUCAUUCAUUGAGAAAUUUUGCUUGUUGGGUCAAUCAUUGACUUGUACAAGAGGUGCCUAAAUUACAAGGCAGAUUAUUGAUGUGGGCAACAAAAAGGUUGAAAUGUAAAUACCGUAUGAAUAUGUACCAAUUUGGUGCGGGCAAGAUUGUCAUUUUUGCAUCUUGAAUAGUCAUUUAUUAAUGCCAAUUUACAAUACACUUGUUGGUGGGUCAAA